AUGGCGGACAUGACCGCAUCCACUUAUCGGCCUGACUACAACAGAGGCCCCCAGAUCCUCAUUGUUUGCGGGACGCUGGUCGGCGUCUCUGUCGUCAUGGUCAGUCUUCGGAUCUGGGUGCGAGCCACGAUGAUUGGACAUGUCGGCCGCGACGACUACUGCAUGGUUGCGGCUGUGGCCGUCCUCUUUACCGAACUGAUGGUCAUCAUCCCCGAAGUCAAGCUGGGCGGCGGCAGGCACAAGGAGUAUAUUCAUCCGCCCGAGAAUAUCGUGAGGGGCUUGCACCUCAACUUUGUCACACAGCCUUUGUGCCUGCUUGGCUUGCUGCUGACCAAAGUCAGCGUUGGGUUCUUCCUCCUGCGAAUGACCCCCACGACUGCUUUCCGCCGCUUUAUCAAGGGAACAAUCGUCUUCACUAGUCUCUCGGCCACUGGAAACUUGUUAACGGUCUUCUUCCAGUGCAGACCGCUGGCGUUUACAUGGGACGCCUCAGUCGCUGGGGGGUCAUGCAUCCCGUCUGGCAAUCUGAAAUUUGCUGCUUUCUUCAACUCGAGCGUCUCCGUUCUCACCGAUCUCAUAUUUGCGCUACUUCCGAUCCCAAUGCUAUGGAAGGUCCGACUGAACUGGAAGACCAAGGCAGCCGUUGCCGCAAUUCUGUCCCUCGGCAUCUUUGCGACUAUCGCAGGCAUUGUCAAAAUCACAUUUCUCGGAAGCUACGGCAAACACGGCGACUUCUUGUUUGAUAGUGUGGAUAUUACAAUUUGGACCACUGUCGAGAUCUGUGCAGCAAUGGUGGCUGGGUGCUUCCCGGCGCUCAAGCCGAUGUUCAAGACCAUUUUAGCAGGCAGGAGCAGUAACAAAUCGUCGCGGGAGACAUACGCACGCGAUGGAUACAUUCGCAACAUUGGCGCCAGCGGUGCGAGCGGUGCCAGACGCACCUUCAAGUCGCACUGCGACGACAACGACUUCGAGUUGUUUAGCCGGCAAGGCAACGAAACCGUCACCGUCGGCGGACGCAUGGGCUCGACCGAGAGCAUUCUUCAGACUGAAACUCCGGUUGGCGAUGGCAUCACUAAGACCACACAGGUAGUUGUUACAGUGGACGAGCAGCAGGAAAAGAGCGUCAAGAACCUUGUCUGA